CGGCCGGUGGGCGGCGGCGGCGGCGGCCGGGGGACCUGCGGGGGGCCCGGGGCGGGCUCCCGCGCCGCGUGGAGCGCCAUGGACGAGGCAGGCAGCUGUGCGAGCGGCGGAGGCUUCCGGCCGGGCGUGGACAGCCUGGACGAGCCGCCCAACAGCCGCAUCUUCCUGGUCAUCAGCAAGUACACGCCCGAGUCGGUGCUGCGGGAGCGCUUCUCGCCCUUCGGCGAGAUCCAGGACAUCUGGGUGGUGCGGGACAAGCACACCAAGGAGUCCAAGGGCAUCGCCUUCGUCAAGUUUGCCCGCAGCUCGCAGGCCUGCAGGGCCAUGGAGGAGAUGCACGGCCAGUGCCUCAGCCCCAACGACACCAAGCCCAUCAAGGUUUUCAUUGCUCAGUCCAGAUCAUCUGGAAGUCACCGUGAUGUUGAAGAUGAAGAACUCACAAGAAUAUUUGUAAUGAUACCAAAGUCCUACACAGAAGAAGAUCUGCGGGAAAAAUUUAAGGUGUAUGGAGAUAUCGAGUAUUGCAGCAUUAUUAAGAACAAAGUAACUGGAGAAAGUAAAGUGGGCUAUGUUCGAUACUUAAAACCAUCACAAGCUGCCCAAGCAAUAGAAAACUGUGACCGAAGUUUUAGGGCAAUCUUGGCUGAACCUAAAAAUAAAGCCUCUGAAUCCUCGGAACAAGACUAUUACAGUAACAUGAGGCAGGAGACACUGGGACAUGAACCUAGAGUAAAUAUGUUUCCAUUUGUUGGAGAACAACAAUCUGACUUUUCAAGUUUUGACAAGAAUGACAACAGAGGCCAAGAAGCCAUCUCCAAACGUCUGUCAGUUGUAUCAAGAGUUCCUUUCACUGAAGAGCAGCUUUUCAGUAUUUUUGAUAUAGUACCAGGAUUGGAAUACUGUGAAGUUCAACGAGAUCCUUAUUCUAAUUAUGGUCAUGGAGUGGUUCAGUAUUUUAAUGUAGCAUCAGCUAUUUAUGCAAAAUACAAGUUACAUGGGUUUCAGUACCCUCCUGGGAAUCGGAUAGGUGUUUCCUUCAUUGAUGAUGGAAAUAACGCAACAGAUCUCCUUAGAAAAAUGGCAACGCAGAUGGUAGCGGCACAGCUUGCAUCAAUGGUGUGGAAUAACCCAAGUCAGCAGCAAUUUCUGCAAUUUGGAGGAAAUUCUGGAUCACAGUUGCCUCAAAUCCAGACAGAUGUUGUACUUCCAUCAUGCAAAAAAAAAGCCCCUCCUGAAACUCCUGUGAAAGAAAGACUUUUUAUCGUGUUUAAUCCUCAUCCUUUACCUUUAGAUGUAUUAGAGGAUAUAUUCUGUCGUUUUGGUAACCUGAUUGAAGUUUACCUUGUGUCAGGAAAAAAUGUGGGGUAUGCCAAGUAUGCAGAUAGAAUAAGCGCCAAUGAUGCCAUUACUACUUUACAUGGGAAGAUCCUAAAUGGAGUCAGACUUAAAGUUAUGCUGGCGGAUUCCCCAAGAGAAGAAUCUAACAAACGACAGAGAACUUACUGAUUCUUGAGAACAAAGACUAAAUACUGACAUAAUCCUCAGCUGACUGACUGAAAAUGUGACUGGACGCACUCCCUGUGGACAGUUGACAGCUUUUUUUUUUCAUAUACCUUAUAGUCUGUGCACAACAUUGUUUUGUCUGGGGAGCACGGAUUGUUGACAUGUAUUUUUGAAUUCAUACGUCAGUGCUAAAACUAAUAGUUGUUUCUUAGAGCAAUAUGUUGUUAUAUGUAGCAGAAAUAAAGUUUUCUUUGCUUGACUAAA